AGUAGGAAGUUUACUCCCCUUUGACUUUUAUAUAUAAAUCAAGAUAUAUAGAUAAAAAUGUCUGAGGAAGUAGAAAAUGAGGAGGGAGGCGCGUUGCUAACUUUGGAUAGUAUAGAAUGGCCGAUAUACCCUGACUACGUUUAUAAAUUUGAGACGAACAGCACAAAUACCGGGAGAGGACUUAUUUUUAAAUUGACAAAUGAGUUGGUAAAAAAGAGGCUGAGGAGCUACUCCAGGAGCGGCAUGAGGACGACCGUCUGUGGGCUCAUUAUGUGCCAUUCCCAGGGUGUCCCUCAUGUUUUACUUCUUAAACGCGAAGAAGAUGGUUGUUAUGGCUUAUUGGGCGGUAAAUGUAAAAUCUAUGAGAACCCGAGGGAGAAAUUAUCGCAUAAAUUGGCAAGAUUCAUAACUUGCAACACUAGGCAUGCAAAUCUGUAUGAUAUAAAGAGUUCUAUCGAAAAUAUCAAGGUUAAAGAGUUUCUAGCGGACUGGUGGCGCUGUGAUUAUCACACGGAUCCACUACCAUUUUUGCCAUUGCACACCAGUCGGCCAAAGGAGAAGAUCUCCAUCUACCAAGUAUGUACUCCACUCAUUUACCAAAUUUUCAGGUUAUAUUGAAUGAAAAUUUCACAAUUUCAGUUCCA